AUGGCGACAGAGGGGGGAAAAAAAAAAGAGGACGAUGUGAACCCAGAGAAGACUGAGAGCGAUUCACAGACCUCCUGCUCCAACACUAAAAGGCAAAGCAAGGAGAACCCUCUGAAAAGAAAAAGGAUUAAUACUUUUCAUGAAGAACCUGAGCUCCAGUCAGAGGAGACACCAGGAAAAAGGAGGAGAACAGAGAAAGAAGAGAGCCAUGUGAACCAAGAGAAGAAUAAGAACAAUUCACAGACCUCCUGCUUCUCUGCUGGAAAACAAAGCAAGAAGAAUCAUCUGAAAAGAAAAAGGAUGGAUGAUUCCCAUGAAGAACCUGAGCUCCAGACCGAGGAGACAUCAGGAAAAAGGAGGAGAACAGAGACAGAUGAGGACGAUGUGAACCGAGAGAAGACUAAGAAGAUUUAUACACGCUACAUUGUGAGUGGGCUGCUGGGUAAAGGAAGCUUCGGUGCCGUCUAUUCAGCUGUUCGGAAAACAGAUGGGAGAAAGGUGGCCAUUAAAUUUGUGGACAAGGAUGACAACCACAGACAAGACACUCUUCCUGGUGACACAUGCAGACUCCUUGUUGAGGUGGCACUAAUGGAGCUUGUGUGCAGGCGUCCUCACAGUCCAAGUGUGGUCGAGCUGAUUGAAUGGUUUGGGUCAGCCCAAUACUUUAUCUUGGUCAUGGAGCAUACAGACCCCUGUAUGGAUGUCUACAAGUACUGUAAUAAGAACAGACUGAGUGAUACAGAGGCUCAAAUCUUAAUGAUUCAAGUAGCUGAGGCUGCAUCUCACUGCCUUAACCGGGGAGUAUUUGAUGUGAAUUUAAUGGAUCAUUUUCAUGAUCUUACUGACAGUACUCUUUCUCUUUUUCUUUUAGGCACGCCAUAUUUUGUCCCUCCUGAAGUGCUCAGGGGAUAUUAUUACAAAGCAGAAGCUGCCACCACCUGGGGUUUAGGUGUGCUCCUGUACAGCCUGUUAUGUGGAACUGUGCUGUAUAUUGAUGAAGGUGCGAUUCUUGAAGGCGACCUGUGCUUGCCUGAUGAUCUGUCUGAAGGUGAGUAA